CUCUUAAAGAGACAGCCGGAAUUUCUGUGUCUCUCAGCUUUCAACCAACAUGGGUGGCUUGCUAACAUGCCGUCAGUGUUCCACACGCAUGGAGAGUCUAAAGGACCACAGUUUCUGGGACCUCACUAGGACAGGGGUGAAAAACUGCUUUUGGUUCAUCCUUGUCACUUUCAUUGUACUUACUUUAUUAUGGAUCAUUCUCUACUCACGGGCCCCACCAGAGCCAGGCAGGAUAUGCCCUAAAGACCAAGCCAAUUUGCUUCACAACAUCUCCCAAAUGGAGGCAGAAAAAGUGACUCUGAGGAAGCAACUGAUCGAGAUGGAAAAGGAGAUGCAGAAGCUCAGGAAUGUUACGAACCGGACUCAAGGAAAGAGUUUGCAACUUUUGGAAAAGAAGCAAGAAGAAGUGGAUGCCCUGAGCAAGGAAUUAUCGGGGUACAAGCAAUCCUUUGUACUAACCAGACAGCUCCUGGAGAAGGAAAAGGAGAAAGGCCAAAGUUUGCAGAGUGAAUUGCAGAGUGCAAAGGAGGACCUCCAAAAGAUUCAGCAGCAGAGAGAUUCCUGGCAGAAAGAGCUGGUAAAGUAGCAGAUCUUCAGAGGCAGCUAGAACAAGAACGGAAAAAUCGAGACUUUGAUAAACAUGAAAGAGCGUCGUACCAGAACAGAAUCGGGGAAUUAAACUAUCAAAUUGACAACCAGAAAAAGUGUUCCACCUUAGAUACUUUCGUGGCCUGGGCGCUUGGGAUUCUUCUCAUUUCCUUCAGCUGUUGCUUCUGUGCCGGAUGUUGGAAGCUAGUGCAGUAGCAUUGCCGUUCAAGAAGUCCUGGGAUCAAUGGCGGCAGCUUAAAAACAAAGUACUGCGGCGGGAAAGGAAACACUACUCCUUCUUACUUGCCCAUUUGAAAUAUAAAUGUCUUUGUUAAGCACUGGGUUUGUUUCCCAACAGAGUUAUAUUUGUAUUUUAUUUUAUUUUUUUAAAAAAAUAUGUCCUAAAUCAUUUAAAGCUGUACUUUAAAUGUAUUAUUUAGAGCCAUGGUGUGGAUAGAAUCCUGUACUGCAGGCUACUUCUGCUGACUGCCGGCUGCCUGCAAUUUGGCAGUUCAAAUCUCACCA